AUGAAGGUGUCCUACGCAGUCGCCCUCCUGUUGGCCGUCGUGGCAGCCGCUUCGUCGACGGAAGUCCAAAAGUCCACCGCCGCCGCCCCGUCACCGGUACAGUCGCCGACGGCUUACCCAGGACCAGGAGGCGUACCGUAUCCGGCACAGAGCUACCAGUACACGUCCGAGUACGCCGGACCGAUGGCCAAGUCAUCGUUCGGACCAAAGGCCGCUGUCCCGUCGUCUGCUUUCGCCGCCUACCAACCGUACCAGCAACACCAGCAGUACAACUUCGGACCUCAACAACAGUACUACCCGGGUUCCGGAUACCCCGCAGCAGCCGGACAGUACCCAUCCCCGUACUCUGGACAUCCGUCGACCGGCGCCGCCUACCCGACCCCGUACUCGGCUUACCCGUACUCGGCCCAACCGUACUCUGCUCAACCGUACUCUGCCCAACCGUACAACGGCGGCUCUUACUCGUCAUAUCCAGCCGCCUUCCCGUCGUACUACGGUAGUCAAUUCGGCGUGCCGUCAGCCGCCGGUCCAUACAACAGUCACUACUCCGCUGCCGCCGCCGCUCCGUACAACGUCCACUACUCGGGUGCCGCAGCCCCGACCGUCACCCCGUACUCGGCCCUGCCGUCCGCUUACCCACAACAACCGCUGCAGCACUCGUCGUCGUUCUACAACAGCGGCGCCGCCGGCCAACAGUACGGCCCGUCCCAACAGUACCCGUCACAGCAGUACCAGUCGUUCUACGCCAACUCUCCGGCCGCCGCCUCAGCCGCAUCCGAUUCGGUCAAUAAGGCCGAAAAGAAAUAA